AUGAAGAUUGAAAAUCAAGUAGAAUCAUUAGAAACUCAAUUAUCUUCAAUCGAAGGAGCCAACUUAAACUUGGAAACUAUGAAGGCUAUGAAACAAGGAGCAGCAGCUAUGAAACAAAUACAUGGAGAAUAUAAUGUAGAUAAAGUUGAAGAUACAAUGGAUGAUAUUAGAGAACAAGUUGAAUUAGCUGAUGAAAUUUCUGAAGCUAUAUCAAGACCAGUUGGUAGUGAAUAUGUUGAUGAAGAUGAAUUAGAUGCUGAAUUAGCUGCAUUACAAGAAGAAGAAGCUGAAAAGGAAGAACAAGUAAAAGCUCCAACUCAAAAGGUUACUCCAUCAGCUGAUAAAUUACCUACAUUUCCAACUGUUAAUAAAGCUCAACCUCAAGCUGCUAUCACUGAAGAUGAUGAAGAUGAAGAAGCUUUAAAAGCAUUACAAGCCGAAAUGGGUGAAGGUGGUAGACAAGAUUUUCCUAUUUUAAAUAAUAUUCUUGAAGACUUAAAACUGAAACGAGUUGAAACCCCUUCAUCACCAAAUUAUUAUCAAAAGACCUUUAGUGAAAUUAAAGAAAAUCAUGAUAUUUCAGAUAUUUCAAGAAAGGAAACUCCAUGGUCUUCAGGAUAUGAUCCUGUAACUCGUUCUCCAUUAGCUAAGGAUGUAUCUCAUUUACAAUCAUUAUUAGAUGGAUUAUUAUCAAGUGGAAGUUUUGAAAGAGCAUUUAGAGUUAUGAGUUCAAUAUAUCCUUUAUUAGGAAAUCCAGAAUCUUUUAUUGAAUCAGUUAAUAGAUAUUUAGAACAAUGGAGUGCUCAAGAAUCUGUAUCUAUUUCUGAAGUUGAAUCAUUUCUUAGAGAUAUGCAAAGAAAAUAUACUAUUCAAUUAAAUGAUAGAACUCAUGCUAUUGUUUUAUCAAAAUAUAUGGCUGCAAAUGGUCCAUAUCAAACUUAUUUAAGUAAAUUUUCAAAUCAACAAAAGAGAAAUAUUUUCUCUCAUGUUGAAAUUUUAGGUAUUGAUGAUUUAUCUAAAAUCUUUGAAGAUCCAACUAUUACUGAACAAAGUAUACCAUUAGAUUUAAAAGAUACAUUUGCUGAAGUUCGAAAUGUUAUUACAAAUCCUAAUACUUCAAUAAAAGCUGAAAGAGCACAAUAUUUUGAAAAUGGAGAACAAGUUCCAAUUAUUGAAAAGGAUGCUGAUAGAUUAAUGCCUGUAGAUUCAUUUGGAUUAAAAGUUAUUAGACAUACACUUUUAGGAUUAAAAGAAGAAGGAGAUUCUGAAGAAAUUAAUAAAUUUUUAACAAGUAUUGAAUCAGAUAUUCAAUUUCAUGUAUUACAUAAUACAUCUGAAAUUAAGAAUGAUUAUUUUCAAUUCUUUAAGACAUUAAGUCCUCAACAACAAGAAAAAUUUAAUGAAGCAUUAGAUUUAUUUAAUGAGGGAAGACAAAGACAAUUAGAAAUAAGAGGAGCUGAUGCAGCUAGAGAGAAAUGGAAACAUGAAUAUGAAGAAAUGCAAAAGAGAGGUGGACUUAAUGUAUCAAAGGGAUUAAAUGCUCAAUUAUAUCAAUGGUAUAUGGAUUUACUUCCUUUAAUUCAAGAAGAAGUUAAUAAAUGUAAAGAAUUAUUAACUAAUGAAGGUAUUAAAGUAAAAAUAAGUCAAGAAGAAAAGAAAAUUAAUCGAGAAAGAGAACAUUAUGCUCCAUAUUUAGUUUUAGUACCACCUGAGAAAAUGUGUGUAAUUACAAUUCUUGAAUUAGUUAAAUUAAAUUCUACUGGAGGAAUUGUUGGAGGUAUGAGAACUGCAAGAGCUUUAUUAUCAGUUGGUAGAGCAAUAGAAUUAGAAUAUAGAUCUCAAAGUCUUGUACAAUCUGAUCGUAAAAAGUUUUCAAAAAAAUUAAAAACUACUAAACAAUGGAAAGCUAUGCUUAGUAAAAGUUCACAAAUUGAUGAUGAUAAUGAAUGGAGUAAAAAUGUUCUUGGAAAAGUUGGUGCUGCAUUAAUUCGUCCACUUAUAUCAGUAGCUAAAGUUCCUGUUAUUGGUAAAAAUCCAACUACUGGUGAAGAAGUUACUGGAGUUCAAGCAGCAUUUCAUCAUACUUAUCAAUUUCUUAAUGGUCAAAAAAUAGGUAUAUUAAAAAUUCAUAAGAAGAUUAAUGAUCAAUUAGGAAGUAAUAAUUUUCAAAAUUCUGUUCAACCUCAACUUUUACCUAUGCUUGUUCCACCAGUUAAAUGGGAAAGUCAUAAUAAAGGAGGAUAUUAUUAUUCAAGAACAAAUAUUGUUAGAAUGAAAGAUUCUAAUGAAAUAAUGGCUUAUAUGAAAGCUGCAGCUAAUAGAGGAUUAUUAACAGAAGUUUAUGAUGGAUUAAAUAUACUUGGAGAAACACCAUGGACAGUUAAUAGAAAUGUUUUUGAUGUUAUAUCUCAUUUUUGGAAUACAGGAAAUGAAUUCCUUAGUAUACCUCCUGUUAUAGUUGAUCCUGAAUAUCCUCCACCUCCACCAUCAAAUGCUGGACCAAAAGUUAAACUUGAAUAUGAAAGAUUAGUAAAACUGAUAUUACAUGAUGCUGCAAGUUUAAAAUCUCAAAGAUGUGAUGUUAAUUAUAGAUUAGAAAUUGCAAGAGGAUUCUUAGGUGAAAGAAUCUUUUUCCCUCAUAAUAUUGAUUUUAGAGGUAGAGCAUAUCCAAUUUCACCACAUUUUAAUCAUUUAGGUAGUGAUGUAACUAGAUCAUUAUUUUUAUUUUGGAAUGGUAAAGAACUUGGAGAAAGUGGAUUAAAAUGGUUAAAGAUUCAUUUAGCAAAUGUUUAUGGUGUUGAUAAAGCACCAUUAGAAGGUAGAGUUAAAUUUGUUGAAGAUAAUCUUCAAAAUGUAUUUGAAUCAGCUCAAGAUCCUUAUAAACCUAAUGCUUGGUGGACAAAAGCAGAAAAACCAUGGCAAGCUUUAAGUGUAUGUUUUGAAUUAAAUGAAGCAUAUAAACUUUCUGAUCCAACUAAAUAUAUUUCUCAUAUACCAGUUCAUCAAGAUGGUACUUGUAAUGGUUUACAACAUUAUGCUGCAUUAGGUGGAGAUAUUGAAGGAGCAAAACAAGUUAAUUUAGUUCCUGCUGAUAGACCUCAAGAUGUUUAUACUUAUGUUUCAAAAUUAGUUCAAAAGAAACUUGAUGAAGAAGCUGAAGCAGGUGAUGAAACUGCUAUGAAAUUAAAGGAUAAAAUUACUCGUAAAGUUGUUAAACAAACUGUUAUGACUAAUGUUUAUGGAGUUACAUUUAUUGGAGCUACUGCACAAAUUCAAAAACAACUUGAACCAUAUUUUAAUAAAGAAGAUAGAGAAAGUCUUAUUCAUUUUGCUAGAUAUUUAACUACUCGAGUAUUUUCAUGUAUUAGAGAACUUUUCUCAGGAGCACAUUUAAUUCAAGAUUGGUUAGGUGAAUCAGCUAAAAGAAUUAGUAAAUCAGUAAGAAUUGAAGAAAGAGUUGGAGAAGUAAAUGUAUCACAUUUAUCAUCAGUUAUUUGGACUACAGCUAUUGGAUUACCUUGUGUUCAACCUUAUAGAUCAUUAAAAUCAGAAAUUAUUAAAACUAAACUUCAAGAUAUUUCUAUUAUAGAUCCAUCAACCAUUACUCAAGUUGAUGCUAGAAAGCAACAACAAGCUUUCCCACCAAAUUUUGUUCAUUCACUUGAUGCAACUCAUAUGUUAAUGACUGCUAAAGCAUGUGGAGAUUUAGGAUUAGCAUUUGCAUCAGUUCAUGAUUCAUUUUGGACUCAUGCAGCCGAUGUUGAAAUUAUGAAUAGCCAAAUUAGAGAUCAAUUUAUUAAAUUACAUUCAAAUAAUUUAAUUCAACAAUUAAAAGAAGAAUUUGAAACUCGUUAUAAAGAUUAUUUACAAGUAAUUCAUGUACCAAUUGAUCAUCCAGUAGUUCAAGAAGUUAAAGAAAUUAGAAAAUCAAUUGUUAAAAAAAUUAAGAGGGGUCUUACAUUAGGAGAUGAAAUUCAUUUAGAAAAUCAACGAAGAAAAUUACUUGCAUCAAAGAAUCCUCAAGUAGUUGAAGAAGGUAAAAAUAUGGAAACUACUAUAAGUGUUACAGAAAAAUAUGAUUUAUAUUCUAUAGCAAGUGGAUCUGUAGGUUACCCGCUUUUAAUUCCCUUAAAAUUUCCUGAUAUACCUCCAAGGGGUGAAUUUAAUGUUGAAACUGUUAAAGAUUCACUAUACUUUUUUUCAUGA